AUGGAAUCUUAAACAACAAGGAGAAUGAUUUCACAGGAGAGUAUUUUGGAACCAGCAGAAUUCAUCUCAGCGAGAACUGACACUAAAAUUAAAUUAGGAUAUCUGUUUAUUUAAAAUCCAAAGAAAUUGGAAAGUAUUUGAUGCCACUACUAUUUCAGUGUUUGGAUUAAGAUAAGUAAGUUCCAGACUUCCUAAAUUCAAGAAAGAUAAACCAUAAAUUGAGUUACCAUAAAGUGAAACAUCAAAGUCGUUAGUGCAUAAAUCCUAAUCUAUUGAAUGUAAAAAGUACAAUAAGACUCUCUCUAAAUUGGUUUUGAAUAAAAGUUAUUAAGAACAACUAGUUUUGUCAAAUCCAACUUAUGUACCUGAAGAUAAGAAAGAAUAAAUUAAAUCACCUCAAAAGAUUUUGUAGAGUCAUCAUAGUAGAUAAAGGAAAGAAUUACCUCCUAUUUUAGCUAAUUUAAAUUUAUCUCCUCCACCAUUUGAUACAAUUCAAAUGAAAAAAGAGAAGAAAUAAAGAAUAUAAGGAAAAAUAUAUUUAGGUAGAUUAUCUAAAAUGUAUUGUAAAUAAAGAGAAUCAGACAAUUAAAAGUAAUUGAUUGAUUAAUUGAGUCUUGAAUGUCCAAAUGCUAAAAUGCUUAUGAGAAAUGUAAUAAUAUAGUUUUAAGAUGAAGUAAAAUCUAAAAAGGUCUAAAUAAAUAUCAUUAAGUUAAGCGAUAAAAGUAUUGAAGAAGAAUCAACAAUAAGAAAAUAGAAGUCGUUUAGAUUAUCUAUUUAAAUCAAAAGAGAGGGAGUUGAUGUAUUUAAUAUAAGGAAAUGAUGAUGCAUGCUAAACUAUUGAUGAUUUAAUAUGA